UUAUCGCGAGAACAGCUGCGGCCCGGGAAGUGCUGGGCGUUGCGUGCUGGAGUGGCGAUCGUAGAGGUGGUGCGGGGACCCUGUUGCUAUCGUUUGAAGGGGCUGUGGGAAACCCUGCGCGAGGGCUCUAAGGGCUCUGGGUCCGGCCUUCCCGCCCAGGAGGCCUCGUUCCGAGAGCAGGCCUGACCUGGAUAAGCCCCAGGUUAUUUUUGCCAUCCUUUCUUUCCAUGAUGUGAUGAUUCUUCAGGCCGGGAAGAAUAAGAUAUCUUGUCUUUGGUGUUUUUCAGCCCAGGUUCACUAUAUGUAACUAAUGCUGCUGCAAUUUUUCUUGAAGAUUAAUUAGUUACACCAGAUAUGCUGCUGUUCUUUACUUUGGGACUGCUUGUACAUUUAGUGUUCUUUGCCUCCAUUUUUGACAUUUAUUUUACAUCUCCUUUGGUUCAUGGAAUGACUCCUCAGUUUACAACAUUGCCACCUCCAGCAAGGAGAUUAGUGUUAUUCGUUGCUGAUGGCCUGCGAGCAGAUUCGCUUUAUGAGUUAGAUGAAAAUGGAAACCCAAGAGCACCAUUUAUUAGGAAUAUCAUAAUGCAUGAGGGCAGCUGGGGUAUAUCCCAUACACGUGUGCCAACAGAAUCUCGGCCGGGUCAUGUGGCCAUGAUAGCUGGGUUUUAUGAAGAUGUCAGUGCAGUUGCCAAAGGAUGGAAGGAAAAUCCUGUAGAAUUUGAUUCUCUUUUUAAUGAAAGCAAGUACACAUGGAGCUGGGGAAGCCCAGAUAUUUUACCUAUGUUUGCCAAAGGUGCUAGUGGAGACCAUGUUUAUACUUACAGUUAUGAUGCUGAAAAAGAGGAUUUUGGUGCCCAUGAUGCAACAAAACUGGAUACCUGGGUUUUUGAUAAAGUUAAGGACUUUUUUCAUGCUGCCAGAAACAAUCAAUCUUUGUUUGCUCAAGUAAAUGAAGAAAAAGUAGUAUUUUUCUUACAUUUAUUAGGACUAGAUACAAAUGGACAUGCUCACCGACCAUCAUCAAGGGACUAUAAGGAUAAUAUUAAAAUAGUUGAUGAUGGAGUGAAAGAAAUUGUAUCCAUGUUUCAACAUUUUUAUGGAAAUGAUGGAAAAACAACAUUUAUUUUUACCUCUGACCAUGGAAUGACAGACUGGGGUUCCCAUGGGGCUGGUCAUCCUUCAGAGACUUUGACUCCUAUAGUCACUUGGGGAGCUGGAAUCAAGUAUCCCCAAAAAGUAUCAACUCAGCAAUUUGAUGAUGAGUUUUUAAAAGAAUGGAGAUUGGAGAACUGGAAGAGACAAGAUGUCAAUCAGGCUGAUAUUGCACCAUUGAUGGCUUCUCUUAUUGGAGUUCCCUUUCCCCUUAAUUCAGUGGGAAUCCUUCCUGUGGAAUAUCUCAAUAAUACUGAUCUCUUCAAAGCAGAAAGCAUGUUUACAAAUGCAGUACAGAUUCUUGAACAGUUCAAGGUGAAAAUGACUCAGAAGAAAGAAGUUACUUUACCAUUUUUGUUUACACCAUUUGGGUUGCUCUCUGAUUCUAAGCAGCUAGACAUUUUAAGAAAAGCAAGAUUGCAUAUAAAACAGGCAAAGUUUGAUGAAGCGGUCUCCCUUUGCAAAGAACUGAUUCAUCUUGCAUUGAAAGGAUUAUCCUAUUAUCACACUUAUGACAGAUUCUUCCUGGGCAUCAAUGUUGCUGUUAGUUUUGUGGGUUGGACAUCUUAUGUUUCUUUGUUGAUCAUCAAGUCUCAUUCCAACUUAACAAGAAGUAUAAGUAAAGAAGUUAAGAAACCAACCCAUCUCCUGCCAUGUAGUUUUGUAGUUAUUGGCAUUUUAAUAACCUUUUUCCUGCUGAUUCAAGCCUGUCCCUGGACUUACUAUGUAUAUUGUUUGUUGCCAGUGCCAAUUUGGUAUGCAGUUCUAAGAGAAUUUCAAGUUGUCCAAGACCUUGUUGCAUCACUAUUGACCUUUCCUCUGAGCCAUUUUGUUGGGUACCUGUUAGUCUUUACCUUGGGAAUUGAAGUAUUAGUUCUCAGUUUUUUCUACCGCUACAUGCUUACAGCUGGACUUAUUACAUUUGCGGGUUGGCCAUUUCUCACUCAGUUGUGGACGCGGGCAAAGGUCACCUCCUUGAGUUGGACUUUCUUCUCUUUGCUCCUGGCAGUGUUCCCACUGAUGCCUGUUGUAGGUCGAAAGCCAGAUAUCUCUCUCAUAAUGAGUGCAGGCUUGCUGGUUCUUCUACUAUCCCUGUUUGUUAUAACUUCUGUCAUAAAAAGAAAAAAUAGUUUUGUCAAGGAAGAGCUAUUGGUACAUCUGUUACAGAUGAUGAGCACAGUGCUUUCCAUGUAUGUUGUGUACAGUACCCACAGUAGUCUACUCAAGAAACAAGGAUUGCCUCUUAUGAAUCAGAUUGUGAGCUGGGCGAUAUUAGCCUCUUCCUUGGUGGUGCCCCUGCUGAGUUCUCCAGUUCUCUUUCAGAGAUUGGUUAGCAUACUUCUUUCCUUGAUGUCAACCUACUUGCUUCUGAGCACAGGGUAUGAAGCUCUCUUUCCAUUAGUGUUAUCUUGUUUGAUGUUCAUCUGGAUACAUAUGGAACAAGAAACCCUACAACAAUCUGGUAUUUCCUGUAAACGGAAGCUUACAAGUAUCCAGUUCUCCUAUAAUACUGACAUAAUUCAGUUUCGACACCUCUGUCUGGAUGACAUCCGUAGAGCUUUUUUCCUUGUUUUCUUCUUAGUAACAGCAUUUUUUGGAACUGGAAAUAUAGCCUCUAUUAACAGCUUUGAUCUUGCCUCCGUCUAUUGCUUUCUGACUGUAUUUAGUCCUUUCAUGAUGGGAUCCCUGAUGAUGUGGAAGAUUUUAAUUCCUUUUGUUCUUAUCAUGUGUGCUUUUGAAGCAGUUCAGUUAACUACACAGUUAUCAUCAAAAAGCCUUUUUCUCAUUGUUCUGGUCAUAUCAGACAUUAUGGCUUUGCAUUUUUUCUUCUUGGUUAAGGACUAUGGCAGCUGGCUUGAUAUUGGAACAAGCAUUAGCCACUAUGUGAUUGUCAUGUCCAUGACCAUCUUUCUGGUGUUUCUCAAUGGCCUAGCACAACUGCUCACAACAAAGAAACUCAAACUGUAUGGCAAACCCAAAAGCCAUCUCAUAUGAUGUUAUGGAAACCGUCAUUUAACAUCUGGAUCCUGUCUCUCCAGCUCAUCUAAAAUCCCAUUAAGGAUUCAAUAGGAAAAUGAAUUUUGAUGCAUCAUAUAUUGUUCUAUAGAGAAAAUAAUAUUUUGAAUUCUGAAUUUAUAGGAUAUCUAGGAUAAAGGCGCUCCUUUUUUUUUGUUUUGAGAUUUUUUUAGUACUUUUAAAUAGUAAUUCUAUCUGUAGAAAAGCAUUCUCCAUUUUCAUUUUGUUUUCUUUUUGCUGACUGCUCUUCCCAGUGAUGUUUCAGAGCACUUGGAACAAUCUGAUCGGCAAGAUACCGCACCCCUGUGCCCGAAGAAGAACAUGAGGCAGUACUGGUGUGGUGGCAUCCAAAAUCACUGAUGUGACUGAACUUAAAGGAAUCACCACAUGGCACUGUAAAUAUUUAUCAGCUCUCAGGCACUGGUUUUGUAGUAGUUCUACCUGCUCAAUAAUAUCACUUGUAAGACAGUUAGGGUAUCUUACUUCAAAUUCACUAAAACUCCACAAGAAAAAUAUUUGCAGGUUCUUGUCAUUUUUCUUCAGUAUGCAGUGUACUAUCUUAAGCUUAGUGCUAUUACCAGGAAUUUCAUAGUCAAUAGCUAGAUGCAAGUUUAACCUUGACAUUUUUUCCCCCAUUUCUAGAUUAUCAUGGAAUUUCCGGGGAUUGAAAAGUAGAAAACGCUUAGUAUUUGUGUCCUUUCUGUUAAGAAAAUAAACAGGAUAGUUUUUAAUUGUAGAUCCAACAUCUGUUACCCAUAUAGGUUUUUUUCAUAUAUUGUUUCAACAGGAUUUUUCAAAUCAGUGGUUAAAACUUUCUGACAAUAUCAUAAGAAUUCUUGUUAACACUGUUAUUCUUCUGGUUGUGAGUUUCUAACCCAAGGGCUUAAGUCAUCUCAUUAAAUUUAGAUUUCCAUUCGUAAAGUAAUUCUAAUGGACAAAAUAUUUUGAGAGUAAUUUUUUAUUCAGAUUUUUCAUAACAUGACCUUUACAUGUUGCUGAAGAGUUGGCCUUUUGCCCAUGGUAUGCCAGAAGCAUUCGACUGAUGCUAAGCUUUACUGGUGUAUGUCCCAUUUUAAAGAAUUGCUUUUGAAUUAAGUUAUAGCAUUACUAAUUCAUAUGAAUGACAAGAAAGCCCUUUACAAAUUACUAGAUUUUUUUAAAUUUGAAGGUGAGUGAAUAAAUACGAUUUUAAAAAGCUCAAAAUUCUAUUUGGUAAAAUAUAUUUUCUGUAUUUCUAUUUAUGAUGAAAUGUAAUUUACUUGUGAUGACAUGACACUGAUACAGCAGUGAAUGCAUUCUAGUAUAUUAAAAGAGAGGUAUUGAUAUUUACAUAAGAGCUCAUGCUUCAGUCUAUAUAAUAUAAAAUCAAGGUGAACAACUAAAGCUACCAGAGCAAACAAUGAUAUUGGCAGAAACAGAAUCUAUGAGCUUUCAUAUAACUUCAGAGAGUUUUAUAUCAGUUGUGUUGUUUUUGUUUUUGUUUUGUGGUACUGGGGAUUGAACCCAGGGAUGCUUCUACCCAGCUACAUCCCCAGUCUUUUUUAUUUUGAGACAGGGUCUCACUGAAUUACCCAGGCUGACCUGGGACUUGCAUUCCUCUGCCUCAGUCUCGAAUCUCUGGGACUACAGGUGUGUACCACUGUGCCAGCUUUUUAAUCAGUUUUUUUCACUAAUCAGAGAAGGUUGAUUACAUGAACACUUAUCACUUAACUCUUUUUAUAUUUAGUUUUACCUUUCAUCUUUUCCAGAUUUUCAUACAGAAAAGUUAAUGGAUAUUUUAUUACAACAUUGUAAAAGGUGCUUAGUGCCUUAUCUUUCAUUAUUAUGUUCUUUGAAGCCUGCUUUGUUCUUCACGUUGCCUUUUGGGGUCAGUGUGAGUUGGCAGAAGAGGAAAGUGUACCCCCGGCCCCUGGCUCACCUUACUGCACUGUAAUUGGACCCCUCAGACUCACUGGGGAAUGGGCCUUCUCUAUGGUAUAUUUUCUCAGCUAUCUUAAAGUGUUUGAAGUAUAUAUUUUUGUAUUGAAUAACAGAAAAGAAGAGAUGAGAUUUAGGCAAAAUGUAUUUCUGUUUAAGACAUAUUUUUUCAUUCUAUCUAUAAUGUACUAGAUUUCUGAAUCAGGACUUCACACAUUUGCUAAUCACAUGGUUUAAAUUAGAAAAUGCUAUAAACAAUAAAGUGGGCAUAUCAAGUAGAAAAAAUAUUGAACACCAAAAAAAAAAAAAAAAACAUGCUAUGUCUCAUGGACCAA